AUGUACUUGAUUUUAACUUUGACUUACAUUGAAUUGAACAAGGCUGAGAGUGCACAUGCAAAACUUAAAAGACAAUUGGGUUCAUGUCAAGUCUCAUUUCAGGCAUCAUUUGAGAAAAUACACAGUUUGCUUGAGUUGCAACAUACUGAUAUCAAGGCUUCAUUUGAGAAAAGUCUAACUGUUGUGCAACAUCAAUUUAAACCUUCUCAAUUCAGAGAGCUACGGGGUAAUGUAUCUAUCUCUGCAUUGGAGUAUUUGCUUGUUGAGAGUAAGAGAGCCAAUUCCAUUGGUAUUGAUGUUGAAGCUUGUGGAUGCGUCCUUCGCCACACUCAUGGUUUACCUUGCACCCAUGAGAUUGCUGACUACAUCAGACAAGAUCGUCCUAUACCACUUGCUACCAUACACUCACAGUGGAGGCAACUUCGUAUCUCCAUAUGUAAGAAAGAAGAGGAAACGGAGGUGACUUGUCAUGCAGAAGUAGAGUUGUUUGUGAACAAGUUUAAUGAAAGUGAUAGAACCAUGCGGUUGGAGCUUUUAAAGAAGUUGAAAGAGAUUGUAUAUCUGGGAAGCACUUUUCUUGUUGAGCCGGAGGUGAAGCCCAAAACACGUCCUCGGGAUCAUAAGAAGAUCAAUGUUUCUACCCGUCGUGACCCGUGCGCAUUUGAGUUAGUGCAAUCUGGACAUGAUUCCUUCUCACCUAGGGACACUGAAAUCAUUACAUUAGCUUCUACUCUGCAAACCAAGAAGAAGCGACCUGUUAAGGGAAAGGAGAAGGUGAAUCCGAAAGGGAAGGCAUACAUUACUAGAACAGUGAAACCUGGUGCAUAUGUUGAUGCUUUCCCUGCUGGGUUGAAACCAUACAUUAAGUUUGUCAAGGAUGUAGCUGCAGAUGGAAAUUGUGGUUUUAGGGCUGUAGCUGCUUCAAUUGGUCAUACAGAAGAUGAUUGGGCUCAAGUUAAGCGUGACCUAUUGGGUGAGCUGCACAUACACAAAGAGGAAUACAUUACACUUUACAGGUCCUAUGAAAGGUUUGAAGAAUUGACAAGCAUAUUGUCAUACUUUUGA